AAGAAGGGGCGGUGACACACUGGUGCCACAGCUGCUGGACGGGGACGAGCACCCAAGCAUAGAUGACAUGGCGGGGUGAUGCCCAGCGGACAGGGCCCAAGGGCCGCAGCCUGAGGAGCGGGGUGUGUGUGUGUGUGUGCAGCCCCUCUGGGGUUUGGGGAAAGCCAGACGAGGUUGCUGAGGGAGAGGGGGGGGUGCCCACCUCAGCGCCACGGCCCCGUGGGUGCCCCCGGGGCAGCCGCACGUACCAGUGAGGAGCCGAUGCCACGGGCGCUCGGGAUCGCCGAGGCGGGGGGUUCGGGGUGAGGCACCCCCCGCCGCCCCCGGCGCUCGGCGCGGCCCCGGGCGGCGCCCUGAGGUACCUGAGGCGGGGCGCGGGCGGCGCCUGCCCGCCCCGGGGCUCCCGGAGCGCUGAGGCGGGUUGAGGGGAGCUUCGCCUUCCGCGGCCCCGCUCCAUGGAGGAGGCCAACGGGGGGACCCUCCCCGAGGGCUCGGCGAGGGGUUCCCGCGGCAGCGCGACGGGGAAGAAGGAGGUGAAAGUCGUGAUCGUGGGGGACGGCGGCUGCGGGAAGACGUCGCUGCUGAUGGUGUACGCCAAGGGCGCCUUCCCCGAGCAAUACGCGCCGUCCGUCUUCGAGAAAUACACGACCAGCGUUACGGUGGGCAAAAAGGAGGUCACUCUGAAUUUGUACGAUACCGCAGGGCAGGAGGAUUACGAUCGGCUACGACCGCUUUCUUACCAGAACACAAAUGUUGUGUUAAUUUGUUAUGAUGUCAUGAACCCCACUAGCUAUGAUAAUGUAGCAGCUAAGUGGUAUCCUGAAGUGAAUCACUUCUGCCGAGGUGUCCCCCUCGUACUGAUCGGCUGCAAGACAGACCUUCGGAAAGACAAAGAACAGUUGCGCAAGCUCAGGGCUUCUAAGCAGGAACCCAUUACUUACAACCAGGGUGAAGCAGCUUGUCAGCAGAUUAACGCAGAAGUUUAUCUGGAGUGUUCAGCAAAAUGUCGUGAAAACAUAGAAAAGGUUUUUAAAGAAGCAACAACCAUUGCACUGAAUGCCAUGAAAAAAGCCAAGCGUCAAAAGAAACGGACAGUGUGCUCAGUGUUAUGAUCUGGACUGUAAGAGAGUAUUGACUGCACAAGAGCCAAGUGAUUCAGAUUUUUAAAACAGUGUAACUUGAAAGACCAUCUUUUUUCAUUAUGUUUGUAUUCCUAGAACAAUUUUUAUUUUAAAAAUUUAAUUAUUUUUAAUAUUUUUGCACUUUUUUUGCACUGCUCUCACAAAGUUUUCAAAGCUCUUUAUCAAGGUUAACUGAUGCUGCAUGUCUUUGUCCAUCUGGCUUUUGCUCGUAAAUGUAAACGACCACCAGUCAGGUCUUGGACUUACUAUUUAAAUCGUAUGACUUAGUGGGAUUUUUUCCCUCUGCAAAAUAAUUGGGCAUGUUACAGCUACAAUUUACUCUUUUUCAAGCAGAAAAGCCACAUCUUUUAGAAGAAGUGAUGUUAGAGCCGCUUAACAGGCACCUUUGAAGAGACAGAAAUGAAGUUCUGGCAUAACAUUUUCAAAUUAAUUCACCUGGUGGCAGUGGUAGGAGUUAGCCUCAAGCUGCCCCCAGUGUACAGAUGGUGCACCCACUACUCCCCUUAUACCACUGGGCCAACUUUGCAGAGCUGCACCUUCAGAGGUCUUGCAAGGCCUGCUGCCAUAAUAAAAAGUGUUUUUUAUCAAUGGAAAUACAUCGGUUGCUCCAAUUCAGAAAUGGAAUUAUCAUGGAAAAUAUUUAAUAGACAGCGCUCAAAGUUAAAAGUACUCCAAGCAGCUACUAUGUGUAAUGUAAAGUCAGUUUUACAAUCAACUGAUAUAACCUACUUAACACAUGGUGCGUGCUAGGGGAAGUACUUAACUCAUGUUCCUUAACUAAUGAUAUCAUCUCUACUACUAUAAAUUAAAGUUUUCCCUUUUGUGAUGAAGGUGUCAGUUGCCUGUUUAAGGAUGAGGGAUGCACAACCUAGUACAUGUGCCUCAGAUCUCCUAGUUCUUUCGCACAUCCUCAUGCAGUGAGAUCUCAGAUUUCAGGAGCAAUCACCAAUUUGUAGCUAUCAUAAACCAAACCUGUGAAGAUGAAGGUUUCUGCCAUACAGGCAUUGCCAAAAGCUUUCUGUGUAAGGCAAACUACAGCCCAUCCUAAGGGAGAAUACAUACGACUUGCAUAAUGGUAACAAGACACAAGCUUUUGCCAAAAAGUUCACGUGGUAUGUGCGAGGAGUCUGCUAUUAGGCAGACUUUGCACAUAUUGCCUGGUAACUGUACACCAUACAGAUCUCAUGCAACUUUAUCCUCUGCUGGUUACAUGACCAGCAGAUGAAAAGUUCUAUUUAGGAGUGAACCAUCAUUAUUAUUUUAUAUGCAGGGUAAAGAGAUCUUGAUCAUUGAAAUAAUACUUUUUUUUUUUCUUCUUCUUUUCCCUUUCUUCCCCUCAUAUGUUUUGAUUUAAUUAAGGUUUGUGAAUUCCUGAUCUUAAAAUGGAUUAAAAAAAAAUAGUAAUUACAAGUUUGUGUGCAUCUUUGACUACAGAAAAAUCUCGACGAAUUGUGCAGCCCUUUCUCCACAAGACAUUUGUCAGUAAAAGACACUAAACAACCCAUCACCUUACCCAUUAUGAAACCUAACCAUCAACUCGCAGGAAGUUACCGAUUUACCCUCAGCUCCACACUGUGAAUCUUUCUUGCUUUUUUAAUCUGAGUUUCUCAUGCUGCAGAACUCAAGUUACUCGCCAUGUGCAGAGCUCCCCACCCCUGGAGAACCAGGUCCACUGCUUGGAUCCAGCAGGUUUCAGCAUCGCUCUCAAAAUAAAACAAUUUACAUUUCAUAAAUGGAGAGUUCAAAGGCUUAAAAAAAACCUCACAGGGUGUGCAGUUAACAUAGCAAGAUACAGCCCAGUUAGUAUGAAAGUUGUUCAAAAUAUGUAAAUUGCAAUUUAUUGUUCAUGCCCACAGGACAGCGACGCUGUAAUUUUGCUAGCCUCGCAGCAACAGAACAACUGAUGAAACCAUUUCAAGUCUGUAGUGCAUAUAUAUAUAUAUAUAUAUUUCUUCAUGAGCACGCUUACUGGGAGAAGGGCAUCAUUUUCAGAUCACAGUCUGCCAAAGCAUAUGCCCAAUUUGGGCUUUGUACUAGCUCAAAGGAAGCUUUCACCUUUGGGAAAGACACUGCCUAAAGCAGCUCACAAUACUGCAGCUGGCCUUAGGAGGUACAGAUGUUACAGCACCCAAAACAAGCUUAUUUGAAUAAGUUCAAGCAGCACAAGGAGUUAAGCAGGAUAGCAGUCGGUAUUUGUCCUCUGCCAUCCUCCUGAAUGAGUGUUUACAUUCUCUUAAUUAUUGGUACAAGUGCAGCAUCUAAAGAAAGUAUUUCAUAUUUCUGCUGAGCCUGUCCUCCCCUUUCUGGAAUGGCACUGGGAGCAAAAACCACUGAAAACAGAAACCAAAGUUCAACUCCACUUCUUGCCACUGAUCAAGGUCAUUUUAAGCAAAAAUGGUGUCUCAAAAAAACAACCUGAAGGGCAGUGUAUUAAUUAUUAAAAAGGGGCUGAAGCAGCUGCAUAUUGAAUGGUUUAUUUUAGGUCUUUUCCAGGCCUGGACAGAUAACCUGGUCUCCCUGGAAGAGGGCUAGCAGACUUCCCUGCCAUUUAAAAACUGCUUUCGCUUGUUUUUGUUUUCAAAAGAGGAUUUCUCUUCUUUAAAUAGCUUUUUAGAAGUGUAUAUAGCAGCAGUAUGGUACAAAGAUGGGCUGCUUUUUUGUUUUUUUUUUUUUUUUUUUUCUCUCACAGUACACACAGGUUAGUAUUGCCACUGAAAAUAUGCCUUAAACAAAUGCCUUUAAAAGCAGCAUUUGGUCAGUAUUACUGAUCGACCUGGAGCGUUCAUAAACCUUCGCAAAUCCAAUACCCAGAAUUUAAAUAAUAAAACUGGAAAGUGUUAAAUAUCAUUCCAGAAUUGGAAUAACAGUAGAUCCCACAUUCUCCCAGUGCUGGCACUUUGCUGGGCAGGUGCAUGCUGCUCUAUAUAUAGAAAAAAAAAAAAAAAAAAAAAAAAAAAAGAGGCAAACACAUUUUGUAUUAAAUA